AUGGCUCUCGUCAACGUUCGCCGCGAUGUCAGCGAUGCUUUCUAUCGUUACAAGAUGGAGCGUCUGCAGACCAAGAUCGAAGGCAAGGGAAACGGUAUCAAGACCGUCGUUGUCAACUUGAGCAGCGUCGCUGCCUCCCUCGCCCGUCCCGGUGCCUACGUCAUCAAGUACUUCGGGUUUGAACUUGGUGCUCAAACCAACAUUGACCCCAAGGACGACCGUUGGAUCAUCAACGGCGCUCAUGAUGCUCCUAAACUCCAGGAUCACCUCGACGGUUUCAUCAACAAGUUUGUUCUCUGCAAGAAGUGCAAGAAUCCUGAGACCGACGUCGUCAUUAAGGAUGAUCAUAUCCUUCUUGACUGCAAAGCCUGUGGUCAGCGUACUGAUGUUGACCUUCGCCUCAAGCUUAGUGGCUUCAUCCUCAAGAACCAGCCCAAGAAGGGCAAGAAAGACAAGGCCGAGCGAAGGGCUGCCAAGAAGGCUCGACAGAACGGUAACGCUGCAAAUGGCACCAACGGCCAGAACGGCGCUGGCAGCGAUGAAGCUUCCGAGAACGGUUCCAACGAGAAUGGCGAUGAGGACGUUGGUAGCGACGAUGAGUUUCAAAAGGUCCAGGCCGAGGCUGCUGAAGUCGCCCAGGAGAACGAAGUCAAGGAGCACGAGUGGGCUGUAGACAUGAGUGAGGAAGCUGUCAAGGCCCGCCAGGCGUCUCUCCCCGGCGAGUUCAAGCAGAAGCUUAACAUUGGCGAUGACGACGACGAAGAAGGCGAUGGUGGUCCCACUGUCUACGAUGAGCUCGGUGACUGGAUUCAGUCUCAGGCUGAGGAGAAGGGAAACAUUGACAAAGUUGAAUCGAUCGAUAUCUAUGUCAAGGCCAAGGAACUCGGCAUCGAGAACAAGCACCGCACUGUUCUUGUUCUUGUUCAAACCAUUUUCGACAAGAACAUUGUUGCUCAGAUUUCUAAGCGUGCUAGCAUGCUCAAGCAGUUUGUUACCUCCGAGCGUCACGAGAAGGCCCUUCUUGGAGGCACUGAGCGUCUGGUUGGAAGGCUUGCUGCUGAUCAACCUGAGAUGUUCCAGUCUAUCGUUAAGAUACUUCAGCUUUACUACCACCACGACCUGGUCAGCGAGGAGGUUGUGACCAAGUGGGGCUCCAAGGCUAGCAAGAAGUACACUGAUAUUUCCACUUCCAAGAAAGUCCGCAAGGCUGCUGAGCCCUUCCUGACUUGGCUCGCGGAGGCCGACUCAGAGGAGUCUUCUGACGAGGAGUAG